UUCAUGAUAGAACAGUUCAAAUCGCACAGUAACUGCACCAAAUCCAAUUCCAUACUAUCCAAAUCCAUACCAGUAUACUACUAUAGAAAAACAUGACAGUAUCCAAAUCCAUACCAGUAUACUACUAAAGAAACAUGACAGUAUCUGAUUGAUCUAAGGAAUAGAAAAAAGAAAACAUGAGAGCAAACAUUUCCCAUGUUAGUUAAGUCAUUUCACCUACUAUAUACCCACCACUUAUACUGUUGUGAAUUAGUACUACAAACUGUCACAUACAAUUCAAUUCAAAAUAUAUGAUCUCUAAAUUCUGAUGAACACUCUCAGUCUCAGCAACACAAAAACAUGAACUAUAGCAAAAUGAUUGAACUAUUAUUCCUCAUUCUCUCAAUAAUCUCUCCCACUCUCUCUCUCAACCAAGAAGGUCUCUUCCUUCUCCAAGCCAAACACAAUCUCUCCGACCCUUCAAACUCUCUCUCCAACUGGUCUCCCCAUGACUCCACUCCAUGCAACUGGACUGGCAUCCUCUGCAACAAUCUCACAAACUCUGUCACUUCCAUAAACCUCCCUAACUCCGAUCUCUCCGGUCCUUUCCCGACUUCCCUCUGCCGUCUCCCUUCUCUCUCCCAUCUCUCUCUCCCUAACAACAGCCUCAACUCCACUCUCCCCACCACCAUCUCCACUUGCACCACUCUUCACCAUCUAGACCUCUCUUUAAACCUCUUCUCCGGCGAACUUCCAAACACUCUCUCCAAUCUCCCUAACCUCAAACAACUCAACCUCUCCUUCAACAACUUCUCCGGUAAAAUCCCGCCAACCUUCGGCUUUUUCCGGAGACUUCAAUCUCUCUCCCUUGUUAACAAUCUUCUCACCGGAAACAUACCUUCUUCUCUAAGCAACGUUUCAUCUCUCAAAGAACUUCACCUUGCUUACAACAAUUUCUUCUCAGAAAUUCCACAAGAAUUCGGAAACCUCACCAACCUUGAAAUUCUAUGGCUUUCCGGUUGCAAUCUUGUGGGUCAAAUUCCGGUUUCUCUACGAAAACUCGUUCGUCUUCAAAACCUCGAUUUAUCACGAAACAUGCUCAACGGAACCAUACCGGAACUUAUGAUCUCCGGUUUAACCAGCAUUGUUCAAAUCGAGCUUUUCCAAAACUCAUUCUCCGGCGAGUUACCACGUGCCGGUGUAUCGAAUUUGACUCAUUUGGAACGAUUCGAUGCUUCUGAUAAUGAGUUAACAGGAACGAUUCCCGACGAGUUGUGUCGUUUGAAGAAUCUGGGGUCUUUGAAUUUGUACUACAAUAAACUCAGCGGUUCUCUGCCGGAAAGUUUAGCUUCGUCGGAGAAUUUAUACGAGCUUCUUCUGUUCAACAACACACUCACCGGAAAGUUGCCAAGUGGCUUGGGAAACAAUUCAAAGCUACAGUUGCUUGAUGUUUCGUUUAAUCAAUUUUCCGGCGAGAUUCCGGCGAGUUUAUGUCGUCAGGGAAGUUUACAGGAACUGUUAAUGAUUCACAAUUCAUUUUCCGGUGAAAUUCCGGCGAGUCUUGGAAACUGUUUGAGCUUAAUGAGAGUUAGGUUUGGGAAUAAUAAUCUCUCUGGUGUUGUUCCUUAUGGACUUUGGGGUCUACCCCAUAUGUAUCUACUUGAGCUUGUUGAAAAUUCUCUUUCUGGGUCUAUUUCUAAUGCAAUUUCAAGAGCAAAUAAUCUUUCAAUUUUAUUAAUUUCAGGGAAUAGGUUUAAUGGGUCGAUUCCGGAGUCAAUCGGGUUGUUGGAUAAUCUCGGAGAGUUUGUUGCUAGUAGGAAUAGUCUUACCGGUCAAAUUCCGACCGGUAUGGUUAAGUUAAGCCAGUUGGGUAGGCUUGUUCUUAGAGAUAAUCAAUUUUCUGGCGAGAUUCCUAAUUGGGUUGGUGAUUGGAAGAAGCUUAAUGAGCUUGAUUUGGCUAAUAAUAGGUUUGUUGGUAAUAUUCCAAGUGAAUUAGGAACUUUGCCGGGGCUUAAUUUUCUCGAUCUUUCUGGUAAUUUACUUUCUGGUGAAAUUCCAAUGGAUCUGCAAAAUUUGAAGCUUGAUAUUUUUAAUCUUUCAAAUAAUAAGCUUUCUGGUGAAAUUCCUCCUCUUUAUGCAAAUGAGAAUUAUAGGGAAAGUUUUUUAGGAAAUACCGAUUUAUGUGCUGAUCUUUCGGGAUUGUGUCCGAAUUUGGGUGAGAAGAGUAAGAAUAGGAACUUUGUUUGGGUUUUUAGGUUCAUAUUUGUACUUGCUGGUGUUGUUUUAAUUGUUGGGGUGGCAUGGUUUUACUUCAAAUUCCAAAAUUUCAAGAAGAUUAAGAAAGGUUUUUGUACAUCGAAGUGGAGAUCGUUCCAUAAACUAGGGUUUAGCGAGUUUGAGAUUGUUAAAUUGAUGAGUGAAGAUAAUGUAAUAGGGAGUGGAUCUUCUGGGAAGGUUUACAAAGUUGUGUUGAGUAAUGGAGAGGUAGUUGCGGUGAAGAAAUUAUGGAGAGGAAUUAAGAUAGAAAGUGGAAAUGUUAAUGAUCAAGAAAAAGAUGAAUUUGAAGUUGAAGUUGAAACAUUAGGAAAGAUUAGGCACAAGAACAUUGUAAGGUUAUGGUGUUGUUAUAAUAGUGGAGAUAAUAAACUCUUAGUUUAUGAGUAUAUGCCUAAUGGAAGUUUAGAUGAUUUGUUGCAUAGUGGUAAGAAAAACUUGUUGGAUUGGCCAACAAGGCUUAAAAUUGCUGUUGAUGCUGCUGAGGGACUUUCUUAUUUGCAUCACGAUUGUGUUGUUCCUAUUGUUCAUAGGGAUGUAAAAUCUAGCAAUAUUUUGUUAGAUGGAGAAUUUGGUGCAAAAAUUGCUGAUUUUGGAGUUGCUAAAUUUGUUAGAGGUGUCACCAAUGGGACAGAAGAACCUAUGUCUAUGAUUGCAGGAUCUUGUGGUUACAUUGCACCAGAAUAUGCUUAUACUCUUAGGGUGAAUGAAAAGAGUGACAUUUAUAGCUUUGGUGUAGUGAUUUUGGAAUUGGUAACUGGAAAACACCCUGUUGAUCAAGAAUAUGGAGAAAAAGAUUUGGUAAAAUGGGUUUCUUCCAAAUUGAAUGAGGAAGGACAUGAUCAAGUGAUUGAUCCAACUCUUGAUUCUAAGUAUAAGGAAGAAAUCAGCAAAGUACUCAACUUGGGGAUUCUUUGCACAAGCUCACUUCCUAUAAACCGUCCUUCAAUGAGAAGUGUAGUGAAAAUGCUGCAAGUAACAACAGUUGCUAAAUCAAGAAGUGGAAAAUUCUCUCCUUAUUAUCAAGAAGUAGUCUCUGACAAUGAUCAUUAGGAAGCAUAGUUUAAACUAGACCUACUUGUCGCAGACACAGAUACUUCGACACUGAUAAUAAUUUGAAAAUUUGAAUAAUUAAAUGUAAUCACAUGUGUCGAUGUUGUAUUGGUGUUGGUGACUAAUAAGUGUCAGACACCCAGACACAACUUUAAUUUGAAGUGUCGGUAUUAAAUAGUCCGUUGUCAUUAAACUAUAUAAUAUUUAUAGAACAUACCAAUAUUCUUAAACUAUAAUAUCAUGAAAUGUUUAUAUAUAUGCUUUGUUUUUCAGCCCAUAUCUAGUUGUCUGCUUUUAUUUGUUUGAUUCAA